ACCUCCAGAGCUCACAGUAAGCACGAAACUCAUCACCCAAGUAGCAGUUCUUGAACAAAAGGUGUCAGAGGAAUGUGAUGCCGAACUCGUAAAACUCUUCAGCGUCCUGGAGGGACCAGAAUUGUAUUAGGCAGCAGGUGGGCCAGAGCCUCCCAGACGAGAGACUGCAAGUGCUGGCCUGCCUGAACAAACUGCGACAGCAGCACGUGGAUGUCAUGAAGGUUUUUAACGAUCCAAUUCAUGGGCACAUUGAAAUACAUCCCCUUCUUGUCCGCAUCAUCGACACGCCUCAGUUUCAGCGCCUCCGAUACAUUAAGCAGCUGGGCGGCACUUACUUGGUUUUUCCAGGAGCCUCUCACAACCGCUUUGAGCACUCUAUAGGGGUGGGCUACCUAGCAGGAUGUCUGGUUCGUGAACUGAAGGAGAAACAGCCAGAACUGGAUAUAACCCAACGAGAUAUCCUCUGUGUAGAAAUUGCUGGGCUUUGUCAUGAUUUGGGUCAUGGGCCAUUUUCACACAUGUUUGAUGGAAGAUUUAUUCCUCUCACUCGUCCAGAUUUGAAGUGGAAGCAUGAAAAUGCUUCUGUUAAAAUGUUUGAGCACCUGGUCACUUCCAAUAAGCUAGAAGAAGUCAUGAUGUCAUAUGGUCUUGUCCUGGAAGAAGAUAUGAACUUCAUCAAGGAACAAAUAGGAGGGCCUAUAGAUGAAACCACUUGUGAGACAUCAUGGCCCUACCGUGGUCGGCAAAAGGAGAAAAGUUUCCUGUAUGAGAUAGUAGCUAACAAAAAAAACGGCAUUGACGUUGACAAAUGGGAUUAUUUUGCAAGGGAUUGCCAUCACCUAGGAAUCCAGAAUAAUUUUGAUUAUAAGCGAUUACUUAAAUUCACUCGGGUCUGUGAAGUAAAAAACCAGAAGCAUAUCUGUACCCGCGACAAGGAAGUUGGAAAUUUGUAUGAUAUGUUCCACACACGGAAUUGCCUGCACCGGCGAGCAUACCAGCAUAAGAUUGGCAACAUCAUUGAAAUAAUGAUUACAGAAGCCUUUCAGAAAGCAGACAAAUUUUUGAAAAUAGAAGGCUCUGGAGGAAAAACAUACCAGAUUUCUACAGCACUGGAAGACAUGGAAGCCUACACUAAGCUGACUGAUAAUAUCUACCUGGAAAUUCUGCACUCAAGUAGUCCAGAGCUGAAGGAGGCACGGGAAAUCUUGCGUAAAAUAGAGCGACGUGAAUUAUACAAGUUUUUAGGAGAGACUCAGCCUGAAACAACGAGGAAGAUUGUAAAGAGUAAUAGCCUGGCAGAAAGCAUCGCUAAUUCCAAGCCAGAAAAGGAUCCUCCAGAUGUGGAGCUAAAGGCUGAAGACUUCAUAAUUGAUGUUAUCAAUAUGGAUUAUGGAAUGAAAGAACAGAAUCCCAUUGAUAAAGUUCUCUUCUACUGCAAGGCUGAUCCUUCCAAGGCAGUCAAGAUCAGUAAAGAACAGGUUUCAAAGUUUUUACCCAUGACGUUUGCAGAGCAGGUUAUCCGGGUUUAUUGCAGAAGUCAGGAUCCAGUUAUCGUUUCAGCUGCAAAACAGUAUUUCAUUCAGUGGUGCAUAGAGAACGAUUUCACCAAACCACAGGAUAGCGAUGUGGUUGCCCCUCAUCUAACUCCAAUGAAGAGAAGCUGGAAUAACAUGGGAGAUGCUGAACACAGGGCAGCCCCAGAGCCCAGCUGCAGACAAAGGCUUCCUUUCGACAUGUAAUGCCUCUCCUGCUAGCACUGCUCGGUCUGCCCCUUCGGAAGAUGGGCAAACCUCAGCAGCAGCUCUUUCAAAAGCUGGUUGGAUGGACUGUCAGAAUGUAUGGGGCAAUGCAGAAAUGCAUUUUACAGCACAGUGUGUUUUAAUGCCGGUACUUAAACAAAGUGCAUGUUCCAAAGGGACUUUUAAAAACCGAACAGCCUGUGAGAGCAGAGCAAACGCGGUUCUUGUUCAUCUUUGAAUGUAUGGGCGCUGUGUAGCAAGAAUCAACUGCAGCUCGUUGUUAUUACAAGAAGUGUGGAAGAGGCGUUACUGCUCCCUCCUGAAGAUGAUUGUGAUACUGUGUGAGCUAGCAGAGGAACUUCCAGCUCAGGUUCUUGGUUUGUUUUUUUUGUUUGGGUUGUUUUUCCCCAGUGCCGGAGGAAAGGAGGAGUAAGUACGCGUCUGAAGGUACAGUGGGGUAACGGAGCUUUGAAAUAACCAUAGGUGGCAUCUUCAAGAACAGCAAAACGCAUUUCAUUUAAAAAAACAAAAGGAGGGAAGAGAGGGGAAUCUUUUUAACAACUAAAGAUUCCUUUCCUGAUACUCAAAAAGCUGAUGAGGACACAGACCUCUUGCUAUACGCGUGACCACAAAUUUUACUGAAGUAACAAUGCAUUGCAGUGAUGUGCGGCCUUUUAUUGUUUCAUAGUGUAUUUUUGAUACGUUGAAUGUUAUAUUUUUACUUGUUACACUGAACUGCAAAAGCUGCUCCAGCCGUCCAUCAUUUGCGUGCUUGCAGGGGAGCGGAGAUACCCCAAGGCUGGUCCCAGCAGGUGGGUGAGCGCCCGGCUCUUGGCACAGUUACCGAGCCCCGGCGGGACCUCCACUGGCUCUGUUCUUCCUUGCACUGAGUGCACCUUGUGUCUGCAUUGCACUGGGCUGGGGGGCCAGCUCUGCAGGAAUUCUGCCAUGCUGAGGUCCCUUCCCUGUUCCUCCUGGAUCCCUGACUGCUGUUCCUGUGUUAAUUUUUCUCUCCCUUGUAGAACUCCAAGGGUUCUUGCGUUUUUCCCCUUACUGGCAGUACUGAUGGGAGUGUUGCUAAAUGUCUGUCCAGCUGCAGAAGCAACCGAGGAGGAGCUUAUUCCUUUCAUCUCUUGCUCAGGUCCAAGAGGAAGGCUGUUUUCAUGAAAUAAAACGUAAAAGCUUGAAAAAGCCCAUCUUCAAAAGUAAAAAUAGCAAAAUGUUCAGUAAUGCUCAGAAACUGGAAUAAGCUUUGGCUCUUUGUAUCUGAAAUGGGGAAAGAAAAGUUCAGCGUUCAGUUUUGGCGACCGAGCGUGGGUAACCGGCUUCCUUUCUGAAAGCCAACACAGCGGGGAGUCGGUGUGCGAGAACAGCGGAGACCUCUGCGUACCCAACAGCGGAGUGGAGGAGCAGGAGCGUCCAUGGACUUACUCAGCUUUCAUCCGUUGAAAUGCCCAGAAGUGGUUUUGCGCUCUGCUGCUUUCCUAUGUGCCUGUACUCCUGCGCCAGAAGGUGCUGUGGUGCGGCCUCUGCUGCUGGUGCCUGUAGCAUUGUUCAGGGCUGCAGCUGUACCGUACCAGGUGACUGUCGGAAGGGGCCGUGACCGCUUAACAAGCUUUUAAACAGCUGCUUCUUAUGCUUCAAGAAAUGCCAUCAUAGAGUGGAGGCAUUUAUCUCCCUUGUCUGCAUAAAAUCAGGUAUUGUUCAGGAUAAUGUCAUCUUGGUAUCGUUGCGUGGGUUUGUUCUGGAUCUGUUCUAAAAGGUGCACUUUAUAUUUGGGAAGUAGCUUUUGCUUAUGCUUAAGCAAAACCUUGUACUUAGUGUUAAGUUCUGAUACAGAGCAUUUCUUUUUCUCA